UUAGGUGCCCGCGUUUUGGGUGCCCACAUCUCGAAGCCCUCCCACCCAGCCACGAGAAACCCCCACGGGGUGCAUCUGGGGGGCAGCAUCCUCACCCACCCCCCAAAUCCGAUACCCCCCACCCCGUAGCUCCUACCCUGACGAGGAGGGUCCCAAACACUGGUCCAGCUCCCGCUAUGAGCACGUGAUGAAGCUGAGGCAGGCAGCCCUGCAGUCGGCGCGGGACAUGUGGGCUGAUUACCUGCUGUUCCUGGAUGCUGACAACGUCCUGACCAACCCCGACACGUUGGGGCUGCUGAUGGCGGAGAACAAAACGGUGGUGGCACCCAUGCUGGACUCACGUGCUGCCUACUCCAACUUCUGGUGUGGGAUGACGGCUCAGGGUUACUACAAACGCACCCCCGCCUACCUGCCCAUCCGCAAGCGGGAGCGACGCGGCUGCUUCGCCGUGCCCAUGGUGCAUUCCACCUUCCUGCUGGAUCUGAGGAAGGAGGCGUCUCAGCUGCUCGCCUUCUACCCUCCUCACCCCGACUACACCUGGCCCUUCGACGACAUCAUCGUCUUCUCCUUCUCCUGCAAGCAGGCAGAGGUGCAGAUGUUUGUUUGCAACAAGGAGGUGUACGGCUUCCUCCCGGUGCCGCUGCGCUCGCACAGCACGCUGCAGGAUGAGAGGGAGAGCUUCGUGCACGUCCUGCUGGAGGUCAUGGGUGCGUGCGGGGCCUAAUCCUCCCCUGACCCUAAUCCUUAAUCC